AUGCAGUGGAGGGAGGACCUUUUGCAAGCUUGGUUCUCGGCCGAGGAAGUGAGGUGCAUUCGAAACAUUCCGUUAAGCUUUAGAGACCCACCAGACGCUUUGAUUUGGCAUUUUGAGAGAGGUGGUCAGUACACAGUGCGGACCGGGCAUGAAGUUGCCCGUCGGGUUCUGCUCCAGCAAGACGAGGACGACACUACCACAAAUGGGGGACCAAUUGUAGCUUUUGACCAUGUCUGGAAGAAGAUCUGGAAAGUUCGGGUGCCACCAAAGGUCCGUAUUUUCAUCUGGCGCGCUCUCUUGAAUAUUUUACCUACCAAGGAUAAUUUGGGUCACCGUGGCAUCGCUGAAUUGGGAGGAUGUGUGUUUUGUGGAGCUGAUGAAACGGUGGUCCAUGUGCUUCUCCAAUGCCCCAUGGCUAUUGCUUCUUGGUCUCUAUUUCCGGCCUGGGCUCACUUUAAUACUGAUUCCACAGAGGAGUUCAAGAUGUGGUUCCAUGGAUUUGCUGCGGAUCACCCCACUCAGGAGCUAGAGAAAGUCAUGAUGUGCAUGUGGAUGCUGUGGUUUGAGAGGAAUCAAAUGAUCUGGACAGGACGUCAUCGGAGUUCAACAGAAAUUGUGAGUGGAGCAAUGUACUGUCUGCAGGAGUUUCAGGAGUUACACCCCCCUCCCAAGAAACAUAUUUCACGUGCCAAAGCCAAAUGGCUACGGCCACCGACUGGAGCUAUUAAAAUAAAUGUGAGUGGAAUGUUUCAUGUUGAAUCCAGCUUUGGUGGGGUUGGUUUGGUGGUCCGAAAUUAUACAGGUGCUUUUCUUGCAUGCAAGUUGGUUGUGCUACGUGGAGUAUCAAAUCCCUUGCAUGCCAAGCUAGUUGCAUUAAGAGAAGGCUUAAUCUAUGCUGCCAAAUGGUCCAACUUGGACUGUCAUAUAGAAGGGGAUUCUCAAGGCGCUCUACACUCAGUACAACAGGGCCAAGCUGAUCUGUCCCACCUUGGUUGCCUAAUUGAGGAUUGUAAAAUACUUUUGGCCAAACAAGAGCGUGUUUAUUUGAGGUUUACAGAGAGGAAGGCUAAUGGGGUUGCAACCCGCCUGGCACACUAUGCUCUACACUCCCAGGAAGCAGCAGAAUGGGUUACUGAUCCCCCAGUUUUCCUCCAGGAUGUUCUGUUUUCUGAUGUUAUGUAA